AUGCCUCGAGUCGCCCAAGCUCCGCGUCCCAAUAACAGCAGAGCUGCAUCUGGAUCCAUUGCGGCUUCCCCCUUUAAGUCGGGCGUUAAAAUUCCACUCAACGAUGAUGCGCAAGAAAAAGCCAAAAGGAUGCAAUCACGACAUGCGCUCCAUGAUAUCCAAAUGAACCAGAUCAAGGCGGCAGCAUCACCAAUGCAGAGACUUUCGAAUCUCGAACGAGCAGGCAGCUCGUCGCCGUCCUCGAAUCCCAAAACACCGCGACACUCAGGUGGGAGGGAAAAUGAUCUUGAUGGGCUCACGGUCGGGGGGAAGGCAGUGACGCCUAUGAAACGCGUCCCUAUCCUGGCCAAUUUCGAAGAAUGGAUGAAGAUGGCAACGGACAACAAGAUCAAUGCAGCCAAUUCGUGGAACUUUGCGCUCAUCGACUAUUUCCAUGAUAUGUCACUAUUGAAGGAAGGAGAUGGAGUCAAUUUCCAGAAGGCCAGCUGUACGUUGGAUGGCUGCGUCAAGAUUUACACCAGCCGUGUUGACAGCGUGGCUACCGAAACUGGAAAGUUACUGAGUGGGCUUGCGGACAGCGGCAACAGUAAAAAGAAACAAGGCGAGAAUGAGGAAGGCGAAGAGAGUGAGGAAGAGGUUGAAGAUGAGGAUGGAGUCGUCAGGAAGAAGCCCAAGAAAAGGACUGAGGAGAAAUGGGCAUCCCGUCCGCUCUGCCAUACACAAGCCUCAGAUCGGCAGAUUAGUAGUUGGGUGGGUGACCACCAGCGAAUACCUGCUGUUGCCCAACGUUCGUCAGAAGCAACCCUGGCUAGCUCGUUUUCAGCGAUUCAAUUAAAGAAGUUCGAGCUCGAAUUCUCGGUCGAUCCUUUAUUUAAAAAGGCUUCAGCGGACUUUGAUGAAGGGGGAGCUAAAGGCUUAUUGCUAAACCAUCUUACGAUCGACUCUCAGGGGAGAAUUGUUUUCGAUAGCAGUGAUGAUGCUGGUGAUGCAUCAGCCGAAGGGCAAGCUACUAGACGCAAAGACGAUGCCCUUCAAGAUGAGGACGAAGCCGAACCAGACUCUAUGCUUAGCGUAGUAACCGAGGAGGUAGAUAACGACGACGAAGAUGUCGAAAUUAAUAUCGAAGCGCUUGGGGCUAAAUUUUUUCUGAACCUUGAUCAGUUGGAAGGACAAGAGAUUUGUCCGUCUUUAAAGAACUUUGAUCUAGGAGAUCCGUCUGGCUCAAUGGAUGUUCCUUUUUUGAAAGCCCCCGAGGAUUGGCGACAGGAGAAGGACAAACCUUCAGAUAUGUCUGCUGUCGGCGAUAAAUCAGGCAUCUUUCUCGAUGAUGACAACCCGAUUGGAUUCGAAGAUGAUGACGACGGCUUGCUAGGUAAUUUUGAUAUUCCAGCGGAUGCUGGCUUCGGCGAGGGCGGUGAAGCCUGGGCACGCGACGCUGCAAUAGAGACUCGAAUGCGUGUCCACGAUGCUGGAUUGGAUAAUGAUGGGAUGGGAGGUGGGGACGGUGAAGAUGGUGAGGGGAUGGGAAACUUGGAUUCCGAGACUAACAAUUAUGCGGUAUCAUUGGACCAUGGAGCAAAGAUUCAGCCUGGACAUGAGGAUAUCCUGAGCUAUUUCGAUGAAGCGCUGCAGAAAAAUUGGGCUGGUCCCGAGCACUGGCGGAUUCGAAAGAUCAAGGACAUCAACAAGCCUGCAACCACUGCAAAGGCGAGGAAGGAUAAGGAGCCAUUUGAGAUAGACUUCCUGUUACCCCUGAGUGCCAACUUGGCUGAGACGAUCUAUACCCAAGCAUCCUCCAAUACGGUAAUCUCGUUGCCCAAAAAGGAUUGGAAAUCGAAGACAAAGAAUCUUCUACCCGACGACAAGCAUUUUAAUUCGAAGCAGCUUUUACGGCUUUUCCUGAAGCCAAAAGCCCGAAUGCGCAGUCGCAGAUCUGGAUUUGGAGCAAAGGCCGGUAUGUUCGGACAACUUAAGGAAGAAGAGGCUCCUGAGGGCGAGAUGGAUGAAGGAUUCUGGGCGCGUAAAGAAGGGCCUACCGAUCCUGAUGAUGUGGCAGCACUUCAGGGCGAUUACGACGCGAAUUUCUUCGACGAUGGUUUGCCUAUGCCAGGAGGAAUUGACGACGAUGACGACAUGGAGUUUGCUGACGCUCGAGAACACUUCUCUCCCGGCAUCGAAGGUGGGCAAGGUGGUAUAGGUGGUAUCAACAAUAUGCUAAAUGGCGGAAUAACUCAGGCUGCUGAGGGCGAAGGUGCCUUUGGAAUGCAACUCGUUACUCAAAGCCGGAGGUUGAGGCCAGAAUACGUGCAAUAUGCACGAGUGGCGAAGAAGGUGGAUGUUAGAAGGCUGAAGGAAGAGCUAUGGAAGGGCAUGGGAAUCGAUACAGCUGACCAGCCGCCUAUCGAAGCAAAUAAGGACCCAGAUAGCACUCUUAAAUUUACCACGGUCAUGCAGAACUUGCGGAGUGUAUAUCCAAAGCAAGCAAUGGAUGACAUCUCGACAAGCUAUUGUUUCAUUUGCCUGCUACACUUGGCAAACGAGAAAGGGCUCGUGAUCGAGAAACAAGAAGGUUUGACGGAGUUGAGUAUCAGGAAAGAUCCCACGGCGGAGAUCACUGUGGGCGGUUAA